UGGGACAAGAGGUGCUGUCUGCUGCCCGUGCCCGUGCUACUCCUCUGUUACGGCUUUGAAGGUCUUCAGUUCCAUUUAUCAGGUAAAAUGUCGACCCCAAAGCUCCCAGAGAGGCCCAUGGAGUAUCCAUACACCCAUACUGCAAGACUAAUGGCGUUUCCAUGGAAAAUGCAUUUGAAGCACGCCAACUGGAGGUGGAGGUGGGGUCUUAUUGGAUAUGCCGCAACUCUUCCAUUCUUCAUCUGGAUGUCAUCUGCCUUGAACGGGCCUGGCAACCAACAGAAGCUUCGUGAAGUGAGGGCAAAGAUUGCUAAGGAGCACGAAGAACACUUGAAGCAUCUGCUUUAAUUUCAACUGUUAUUUCCCAUAAUUGUUUUUCCAUAUAUUAAAAUUUGUAGUACAUGUAAAAUUUCAGGCAGUAUCCUCAGAAUGAAUCUGAAUUAUAAAACAUCAGGUAAUCUUACAA